CUUGUGCCCGGCGAUGGCGGAUCCCGCGGUGUCGGUGCUGAAGCGGGCGGUGGAGCUGGAUGAGGCCUCCCGCUUCCAGGAGUCGCUGGUUUGCUACCAGGAAGGCAUCGCGCUCCUCUUGCAAGUGCUCAAAGUUACAAAGGAUGAGAGGAAAAAGGCUCAUUAUAGGGACAAGAUAACACAUUACAUGAACAGAGCUGAAGACAUCAAAGAAUAUCUUAAGAAAGAGAAAGAAGAUGGAAAAUACCACAAACAAAUUAAAAUAGAAGAAAAUACCAAAGGUUUUAGUUACGAAAAGCUAUUCCAAGAAUAUCUUAGUGAAACUGUUACAGAAGUUUGGGUUGAGGAUCCAUACAUUAGACAUGUCCACCAGUUAUACAACUUCUUGCGAUUCUGUGAAAUGCUUGUUAAGGGACGAUGCAAAGUGAAAAGAAUACAUCUUCUUACCUCUCACGAUGAAGGCAACGGAAGGACUCAACAGAUAAACAGCUUAGAAGAAAUUCGACAGUCCCUGGAGGAUUUUGGUGUAACACUGGAUGUAUCAUAUUCUUCUUCUAUACAUGAUCGAGAGAUUAGAUUCAACAAUGGAUGGACGAUUAAAAUUGGAAGAGGCCUUGAUUAUUUUAAGAAACCGCAGGGCCGUUUUUGCCUUGGAUACUGUGACUUUGAUUUGAGGCCAUGUCAUGAAACUACUGUGGAUAUUUUUCAUAUUAAGCAUACGAAGAAAACAUGAUUCCUAUUCCAACCACUCUUACUCCUUUUGUGAGCUAUUUUGUCUACUGUGCACUUUUGUAAAUAAAUUAAACCUUUUGUUAUUUUUUUAAAAUUACAGUUUUUCAGUCCAGCUAAUAUCUCUAAGACUUGGGGGGAGCAGUGUUUACAAUUACAGAGGAUUCCAUGUUCUUAAAAUACCAGUUAGUCAUUCCUAAACAUGGCUGAAUUCAAAAAAAAAAAGUAUCAAGGGCCACACACACAUUCCUGAAAAGCUUCAAAGAAACCUCUAGAAUCAUCCACAAACAUAUCACAAAGUCUGAGGACUCCAGGGCUAUUGCUUUAAAAAGCUAAACAAAACAAAAAUUAUUCCAAAUCCAAUCCUUUAGGGUUCACCAUAGACUUAACUAUAGUCUUACGAAUAUUUCAGAACAAAACUAUUAAGAAACUAUAGCCAUGUAUUAUAUCAGUGGUUCUCAACCUGUGGGUCCCCAGAUGUUUUGUCCUUCAACUCCCAGAAAUCCUAACAGCUGGUAAACUGUUGGGCCAAAACACCUGGGGACCCACAGGUUGAGAACCACUGUAUUUUAUAGAUAUCCACCAGAUACCCCUGUCGUUUGGCAAAGUAUAGGGUUGCAGCCACUGUUGGCAACUACUGAAAUUACAAGGGAGCUCUGAGGGCAGUCAGGCAGCAAUCCCUUCUGUCACAAUUACCUACCAAUAUCAUUCUCCAACACCAGAAUCUCUCCUAGGAACCACAAUAUAAUGGUGUACAGUAUAUGCAACAUAAAAUUCUUGAGUCUAGAUAACCAGGUUGAGAGCAUCUGGAUAAGAAUUAAGGAACAAGGGCUGAAAAAGAUGUAGUUGUGGGGGUCGACUAUGGACCUCCAGGCAGACUGAAGAACUGAAUGAAGCCUUACUUGACCAGAUGACCAAACAUGUAGAGCCUCUGUAUGGAGAAGGUAAUGAAAUGCUAACGGGAAAAGGAAAAGGCAGAGCUAGAGCUGCUCAACACUUUCUUUAUGUCAGUCUUUUCCCAAAAGCAGAUUUGUGUUCAACCUGACCAGUAUGAAGUUGAAGAGGUAAUAGGGGAAAUGCAACCCAACACAGGCAAAGAAGUAGUCCAGGCUCCUCUAAAUGAAUUGAAGUCUCCAGGGCGAAAUGAACUACAUCCAAGAGUAUUGAAGGAACUUUAUUAAUGACUUAGAUGAAGGUUGAGUGGGCAUGCUUAUCAAGUUUGCAGAUGACACCAAAUUAGGAGGGAUAGCGAAUACUCCAGGGGACAGGAUCAGAAUUCAAAAUGCCCUCAACAGAUUAGAGAGCUGGGCCAAAACUAACAAAAUGAAUUUCAAAAAGGACAAAUGUAAGAUACUACAUUUAGGCAGAUAAAAUAAAAUUCAAAGAUAUAAAAUGGAUGAUGCCUGGCUCGACAUCAGUCCAAAAGGAGUAUAGUAUCUAGAUCGAAGAAAGUCAUGGUGCCUCUCUAUUUUGCUUUGGUUAGUCCUCACCUGGAAAACGAUGUCCAAUUCUGGGCACCACAGUUCAAAAGAGAUAUUUGCAAGCUGUAAGGUGUCUGGGGAAAGACAACUAAAAUGCCUUGGGUGUGGUGGAAGUUCCUUUCUUAGAAGCUUUUAAAGAGAGUCUGGAUGGCCAUCUGUCAGGUGUACUUUCAUUGUGCCUUUUCUGCAUGGCAAGGAGUUGGACUAGAUGGCCCAUAUGGUCCCUUCCAAUUUUAUGAUUCUAUAAACAAUGUGUACUGUGCACUGAAGCUGCAAUCCCAUAUCCGUUGGCUAGAGCAUAUUUUCCUCCAGACUCUGAGGGCCUUGUGAGUAGACAUGUAGGAGAUUGCGUGAAAAGAUCUCUUCUUCGCAUUAUGCUGAAUCGGUUAAAGUGAAAGUAAUCCCACAUGACAAAAGUAUAUAUGUGUGUGUGUUUGUGUAUCUGAGGAUAUUUUAUUGAUUCUUACAAUUCAUGGCAGAUAUAGUAAUAAAUAUGCAUUUUAUAUAUAAAUUCUAUCUUUUUCCUGUUUGCUAUGUUUAAAGAAACAGUGUCGUUUAAAAAAAAAACUGAAGUAGAGAAGCAAGAUCCGGAGACUCUGUCCUACUGUCACUAGUGAUAGUUUGCUAUGGGGUUAAAAACUGACUUAUUAACGUCAUUAAGCUGGACAGUGGCCACACAUGGGUCUCCUGCUCCUGUGCAGCACACCUUGGGAUCCUUCUAGAGCUCUAGCCCCAAUCUCCCCACUCGCACAAAGGGCUGGCUGCUUCCAAGCCAGCAGUUCCAUGGCCAGCAAAGCAGCAGCGUGUCAGGAUACAUGGCAGGAAGAAUGGGUCAUUCACAGAUGACCAGAAAGGAGGACAGGUAAGCAACCUGUCCUCCUUUGUGGUCACUGAGAAUCACAGGCAUGGGUGACGAGCAAGCUACCAACCUGAGGGGGUGAUUGCACAUGAAAAGAGAACUGCCCUUUCUUUUCUGGAGGAUUUUCAUAGGGAUGGCCUUCAUUUGUUAAUUGUUUGAUCACCAAUGUUCAUUUUUGAUAUGUAUUGCUUCCGUAGUAUUUGGUCUUUGAUAUGUUUUGAAGAAAGUAAAGUAUGAUAUCACUUAGGCAUUUCUAUUGACUCUGCUUUUGAAUGAAUUUUGAACUGUCCACAUCCAUUUGCAUCCUCUCUGAUGUUUCUCCCAAGAGUUUCACCAACAUAUCAAUUACACUGGGGAACACACAUUUUGGUGCCUCAAAAGUUAGUCCUGUUUCUUAGUAUAUUUCACAUGCAGAUUCAAAAAAACGGUUUCAGUUUUCCUCUCUCAGCUUUCUUUUUGGAGACAGAGAACAUAUGUCAUCUACCAGUCACCAUCUGCUUGUCCAUAGAAAAUCAUGGUAACCAUAGCUAUGGCUGAAUAUAUACUGCCAUAUAAAAUCCAGAUUAUCUGCUUCAAACUGGAUUCUAUGGCAGUGUAGACUCAGCUAAUCCAGUUCAAACCAGAUAAUGUGGAUUAUCUGAUUUGAUAAUCGGAUGAUAUGGCAGUGUAGAUCCAGCCUAUGAAACUAGAGCUGAUGCAGUCUAUCCAAUGCAGCUCCGUAGAGAGCUGGACAGGGGGAGUGUGUCCCUGUUGGUUCUCUUAGACAUCUCAGCGGCUUUCAAUACCAUCGACCAUGGUAUCCUUCUGGGACGGCUCUCCGGGAUGGGCCUUGGGGUUACUGCUCUCCAGUGGCUCCAGUCCUUCCUGGAGGGUCGCACCCAGAUGGUGAAGCUGGGGGACACCUGCUCGGACCCCUGGCCUUUGACCUGUGGGGUCCUGCAAGGUUCCAUUCUGUCCCCCAUGCUUUUUAAUAUCUACAUGAAACCGCUGGGAGAGGUCAUCCGGGGUUUUGGAGUUCGGUGCCAUCUCUACGCAGAUGACACACAACUCUACUACUCUUUUCCACCUACCUCCAAGGAAGCCCCUCGGAUCCUAGACCAGUGCCUGGCCGCUGUAAUGGGUUGGAUGAGGGCCAACAAGCUGAAACUUAAUCCUGACAAGACAGAGGUCCUCCAGGUCAGUCGUGCGACUGAUCGGGGUAUAGGGUGGCUACCUGUGCUUGACGGGGUCACACUCCCCCUGAAGGCACAGGUCCGCAGCUUGGGGGUCCUCCUGGACUCAUCGCUGUCACUUGAUGCUCAGGUGUCGGCGGUGGCCGGGAGGGCCUUUGCACAGCUAAAGCUAGUGCGCCAACUGCGACCGUACCUCGAGAAGUCUUACUUGACCAUGGUGGUCCAUGCUCUGGUUACCUCAAGGAUGGAUUACUGUAAUGCACUCUGUGGGGCUGCCCUUGAAGACGGUCCGGAAACUGCAGUUGGUACAACGGUCGGCAGCUAGGUUACUAACUGGAGCUGCUUACAGGGAGCGGUCAACCCCCCUGUUCAAGCAGCUCCACUGGCUGCCGAUAAUUUUCCAGGCCCAAUUCAAGGUGCAGGUUAUUACCUAUCAAGCUCUAAACGGUUCGGGACCUGUUAUCUUCGUGACCGCGUCGUCCCCUAUGAACCCACCCGAUCGCUGAGAUCCUCCGGGGAGGCCCUCCUCUCACUUCCACCCUCCUCACAACUGCGUUUGGUAGGGACGAGAGAGAGGGCCUUCUCGGCCGUGGCUCCCCGACUCUGGAACUCCCUCCCCAGGAAGAUUAGGUUGGCUCCCUCUCUACCUUCCUUCAGGAAGCAACUAAAGACUUGGAUGUUUCGGCAGGCCUUUGGAGAUAGUCAUUAAUUAAUCAGCCCCAGUGGGUUUUUAAUAAUUUAUCCUGUUUUUAUUACGGUCUUACCAUUUAUGUGUUUUAAAUGAAAUUUUUAUCUUGCAUUGUUGCUUAUAUUGAUAUAUUGUAUUAUUGUUUUAUCUUUUUAUAUUGUGAUUUAUUGUGUUGUUUAUAUUUUGUUGUUAUGUUGUUUGGGCCACUGCCCCAUGUAAGCCGCCCCGAGUCCCCGUGGGGAGAUGGUGGCGGGAUAUAAAUAAAGUUUUAUUAUUAUUA